AUGAACAAGCUGGCGCUGGACGGAGCUAGCACACCGCCGACCAAGCAGGCCAACUUGACUGAUUUCAACUUAUUCCCAGCACUUCCACCGGGUACCCCUGAACACGUCGGCGGCUACAGUGGAAGUUCGAAUAUUACCAUUGGCCUUACCCCACCGCCUGGUCUGAAGCCCUUCUACGGGGGAGAAAGUCCUCGGCCCAGAUCUCGUCCGGGUAGCCGACACCAACAAGCUAGGGAACCCGUGGCCCCCUCGCUGGACGAUGCAGACGCGUUUCCUACCUUGGGCUCGGCUGCCGCAAAGCAGGGCAAGAAGCAUCAUGGAAAGCGCGGCGGUCACGGCCACAACCACAAGGAGAACUUCCCACCGAACUCCCUUGCCGAGAUUGUCAAGAUGUCACCAUCCCCCGGUCCAGCUUCGCUUCGCCAAGACCUAAAGAAGAUUGGACGGAACGGGAGCUCAACCAAUGUCCGAAACGGGGAGAACAGUGCGGCAGCCCAAGCAAUUCCGAACCCGAAACACAUCCCGUGGCUAGAAACUGGCGAAAGAGCCAACAAAUCCUACCUCAAGGCUCGACAGGAAGCCAUCAAGCACGGCGGUCUCAGGAACAAGUUCCUUCAGAGUGCCGCACAAGCCUGGAACCGCAACGAUGCGAGGGCUGCCAAGGCUCUGAGCUUGCGGGGCCAGAGUGAGAAUGAUCUUAUGCGGAAGGCUCACCGAGAGGCAGCUCGCGAGCUAUAUGAAGAGCGCAACAAGGCCAAUGCGAACAGCGUCGAAAUCUACGUCGAUCUGCACGGACUUCACCCCGAAGAAGCUGUGGAGUACUUGGAGCGGGUGUUGAUGGAGAAUGUCAAGGAAAGCAGGCCGAUUUACGCCAUUACAGGCACAGGUCACCAUAGUAAGAAUGGCAAGGACAAGGUCGGCAAGGCAAUCCGCAACUUUCUGAACGAAUGGAGAUACGCCUACCGCGAAUUCUCUGUCCCUGGAGACCGCAAUAACAUGGGCGGGAUUUUAGGUAUCGAUGCUCGAAGUUACGACAAAGCUCUGGCUCGCGAGGGGACAUCGAGCGCAGACGACAGCAAGGAGGAAGUUGAUAUCUUGAGUCAGGGUGUGGAGAUUGGGGAUGGCAAGGUUAGGCUUCUUGUGAGGGAUCCUCCGAAAGGGCCCAGUGGGCGUCGAUGA